AUGGAGGGGGAGAAGCAAGAGAGCGAGAAAAGAUGGAGUGUGGCGGUGGCGGAGGCCGAGGAGCUGAUGAGUUCCUACAAUGCCAUGCUGGGUGGGAGCGGCAGCGCUGAGGGUCCGGUGGUGGUGUCGGCGGUGCAGGCCCAGAAGAUGCUCCACUCGGCCCAACAGCUGCUCGAGCCCUUCCUCGCUCCUUCGGCCUCCGCGAGCGUCGACGAAGAGGGCCAGAAGCAGGUGAGGGAGCUGCAGAUGCGCGCCUAUGAGAAGGAGGCUGUGCUGCUGCGGCAGCUGAGCAAGUCCUCCGAGGGCAACCUCCACAACCGAUUCCUCUUCAUCCACCAGUCCUCCGUCGUCUUCGAGAAGGUCCUCGCAAUCGACGCGGAGCAGGUGGAGGCUCUCAACUUCUUGGCCGUCAACUCCAUCAGCAUGGCCUGCAUGAUCAAGCCCUCGCCAGACCAGGACCAAUACUUUCAGAAGGCCUACGAUUCGUACAAGAAGGUGUGCGACCUUACGGACGGCAAGGCCGACCAGAAGGACGUGCACCUGCUGGCCAUCGGCAACUGGGCCAACGCGCUUGAGGAGCAGGCCGAGCGGAAGAAGGGCAAGGAGGCCGAUGCCAUCUUCCAGCGAUCCAUCGACAAGUACAAGGAGUACGUGCGCAAGGCCGCGCCGCGACACGUCUCCAAGAUCCUCCUCGGUGCGAUGGCGGUGGCGAUGCAGGCGCGCGGCAAGAACCUGGAGGGAGAAGGGGAUGCGGGCCAGGCGAAGCGGAUCGACCUGCUCUACACGGCGGCGGCGCAGAACUACAUCGACAUCAUCCACCACAAGAAGGCCAAGUACAACAACCGCUACGUGCCCGACCAGACGCUCAUCGGGGCCAUCAACAACUACACCAUGGUGCUGAUGAACCAGGCCCGGCUGCGCGCGCUGUACGAGAGCCACUUUGCGCCGUUCCCCGAGUCGUGUCUGUCGCUGCUCUCGGAGUGUAAGAAGGUCAUCCACGCCGUGCUGCUCGAGAGCGGCGACCAGCUGGCCGAGUUCUCCGACAUGCUGAGCCAGCGCAUGCAGGAGGUCGACGCCUUCGAGACCAUGAUCACCUUCAAGAGCCGCAUGGCCGACGCCCAACAGCACACCGCCGGCAUGUGA